AUGAUGUUAUAUGGACAAACACACAAAUGACUUAGAGGCAGACAUAUUAUGAUUAUUAUAAUAAUGUUAAAUGGUGUUUUGUUUUAAUUGUUGUUUAAUAAUUUUAAUUAAAUAUAAUUAAAUUUUAUUUUAAUUUAAUUCAUAUGUAAUUCAAAAUUUAAACUUCAUUUUAAAUGUACUACUGUAACUAUGAUCUGAUGGAUUGAAAUAAAUGAUUAUUAUUAUUAUUAUGCUAGGUAAGAAACAGUAGCUGUUAUUAUCAAAAUAUGUUAUAUUAUGCGGGGUAAGACACAGCAGCUGUUAUUAUCAAAGUAUGUUAUAUUAUGCUGGGUAAGAAACAGCAGAGCUGUUAUUAUCAAAGUAUGUUAUAUUAUGCUGAGUAACAGACAGCAGCUGUUAUUAUCAAAGUAUGUUAUAUUAUGCUGGGUAAGAAACAGCAGAUUUUAUUAUCAAAGUAUGUUAUAUUAUGCUGAGUAAGAAACAGCAGCUGUUAUUAUCAAAUUAUGUUAUAUUAUGCUGGGUAAGAAACAGCAGCUGUUAUUAUAAAAGUAUGUUAUAUUAUGCUGGGAAAGAAACAGUAGCUGUUACUGUCAAAGUAUGUUAUAUUAUGCUGGGUAAGAGACAGCAGCUGUUAUUAUUAAAGUAUAUUAUAUGUUGCUGGGUAAGAAACAGCAGCUGUUAUUAUCAAAGUAUGUUAUAUUAUGCUGAGUAAGAAACAGCUGCUGUUAUUAUCAAAGUAUGUUAUAUUAUGCUGAGUAAGAAACAGCUACUGUUAUUAUCAAAGUAUGUUAUAUUAUGCUGAGUAAGAAACAGCAGCUGUUAUUAUCAAAGUAUGUUAUAUUAUGCUGAGUAACAGAUAGCAGCUGUUAUUAUCAAAGUAUGUUAUAUUAUGCUGGGUAAGAAACAGCAGAUUUUAUUAUCAAAGUAUGUUAUAUUAUGCUGGAUAAGAAACAACAACUGUUGUCAUAGUGUUAUAUUUUUCUCUGAUUUGUUUUUUUAUCGUUUCAGAUAUUAUUUUCGGCGCGGAACCAACAAUCAACAUUGGGUGUUAUACUUGGAGGGAGGUGGUUACUGCUGGGACACGGCUUCUUGCAAUGCUCGUUGGCGACGGCGUCCUGGUUUGAUGUCAUCUAUGAGAUGGCCUCGUGCGCGUCGUGCUCCCGCUGUGCUGUCCGCCGAUCCAGUUAUCAACCCAUUAUGGCAUACAUCAAAUCACGUCCUUCUGCCUUAUUGCUCCAGCGACAUGUGGGCCGGCACUCGCAUAGAACCAAGAGUAAACAGUAAUUUUACCUUUGUUGGCCGCCUCAUUGUCCGUUCAGUUCUUACAGAUCUUCUCCAGAUUGGGCUAGCCGGCCGACUAUUAUUAAUUGGAUCGAGCGCUGGCGGAACCGGUGUUAUGUUAAACGCAGAUGCAGCAAGAAGAGCACUUCGGCCAUAUGGAGUUCGCGUAGCCGCAAUUGCUGAUUCUGGAUGGUUUUUAGACCGGCCAGCAAAAGCGAAACGCUCAUCCUCAACUGACGCUGUUGCCAGAUUGGGGCACUCUUUCUGGCGCGGGUCGCCACCAACAUCUUGCAUGCGGGAAUAUCCUGAUAAACCGUGGUUGUGCUACUUCGGAUAUCGCCUGUAUCCUCAUAUACGGACUCCCCUAUUUGUAUUUCAAUAUCUUUUUGAUUCUGCUCAACUCACAGCAGAAGGUGUACGGGCACCAAGAACGCGUGCACAAUGGGAUGCUGUACAUCAAACUGGUGCUGCUUUACGAUCGAGCCUGAAGACUGUAAGAGCAACAUUCGCUCCAGCUUGCAUAGCGCAUGGCGCAUUAGCUCGGCCCGAGUGGUUAGCAAUUAAUGUAUCAGGUGUACCGUUACCACGAGCGAUAUCUUGUUGGGAGCGGCGACUUGAAGUAGGAGGUAAUCAAGGAAGAGUGCGCUGUGCCCCGCGAAGACUUAUCGAGAGAUGUUCGUGGCCCCAGUGCAAUGGGUCGUGUCCUCGGCUUCGUGAUCCACGAACCGGGGAAGAAGUAGCACUUGCGGCGUUGCUUCAAAGUUUCGGUUUGGACGUUCGAGGAGCUGCCGCCGCAAUGGGGCUCGACGCUCGGCAACUUGCACGCAUGAGUCGGGCCGAGCUGUUGCCACUUCUGGCACCACAUACCUGACUCUAUCUGUUUAGUAUUUAAGUGCUUUAUUGCACAGUGGAUCUACCUCGUUUUUGUUACAAGUACAAGUAUUUUAUACGUUUAGCUACUAUUUAUUAUUACCGAUACUUUGGUAUCCUUAUUUAUAUAAGUAAAAAGAAGGUAUUUU